UAUAAUGCUUGUGGGACAUAAGCUAAAAGACUAAAAGUAGUUUGUUAAAGAUAAUGUGUACACAAAGAUGCUUUAGGAAAGUAGAUUGCUUUUUCUUUUGUUUCCACUAACCAAAUUUGGAAAUUAAAUGAUUGUCUUCGUCUUCAUCUUCAUCUUCGUUUGAGCUUUCGAAAGAUUCAAGCUACUAAUGGAGACCUCUUCCCCUCACUUCUCUCUCGCUCUUUUGCUUUUGACAUUAACCAGCGUUACACUGAUCACCUCCUCCUUCCCGUUUUCCAACUCAACUACUGAUCGAGACGCUCUCCUCGUCUUCAAAAACGCAAUCAAUUUGGAGUCCGAUUCCAUCCUGAUCAGCAAUUUGUCCGCUAACGCUUCCAUCUGCAGGUGGACUGGCGUCUCAUGCGGCCUCGCCCACCAAAGGGUCACGGCCCUCAAUUUCUCCGGCUCCCUCCUCCACAGAACCAUCCCUCCACAUCUUGAAAACUUAACGUUCCUUCAGUCUCUGGACAUGAGCUCCAACAGUAUCACAUGUCAAUACCCUCAGAGCUGUCCAAUAUCCAAAGGCUGCACACGUUGAACUUAGCGAGUAAUCAGCUCGUUGGUGGUCUACCGAGUGCCAACUUCACCAACAUGUCUGUGUUGGUAGAGAUCAACCUCAGGUAUAAUAGCCUAUCGGGUAGCUCCCAAGUGAUAUAUGCAGCAAUACUCUGAAACUCAAGAUGUUACUUCUGAGCGGAAAUAAAAUUGAUGGAAAAUACCCGAAGAGUAUAUGCAAGUGCGGAGAGAUGGAAGAUUUGCGAAUAUCCUCUAACCAACUCACUGGCAACAUACCAACUGAAAUCGGAAACUUGACGAAGCUUACUUUAUUAAGCAUGUAUUCUAACCAUUUGGAAGUUAUCAUCAUCUCUUCUUAUAUGAAUUAGUUAUCAUGUUUAGUUAUGUUUCUUGGAAUAUUCACUAACCUUUUGUUAUAAUGAUGCUAAUUGAGCAGGAGAAAUUCCUUCUUCUAUCUUCAACAUUUCUUCUCUGGAACGUGUGUACCUUGGUAACAACAUUCUUACUAGAUGUAUCCCCAUUUUCAACAGUUUAACCAGGCUUCAAAUAUUGUAUCUUGACAGCAACAACUUGAUGGGUGGCAUACCCAAAGAAAUUGGAUAUCUCACCUCCUUGCAGCAUCUAAAAUUUAAUAAAAACAAUUUGACAGGUAAAAUUAACAUGUUGACUAAAGGAGAAAAAUAUCAGUAAACUAUAAGGAGAGAAGAAAAACCACAAAGACCGUGUGGGCUAGCGUGCAAUGUGUGCGCCAGGACCAUCAUCUUUUCUUGAAUGAUUUUUAUUUAAAACAAUAACUCAUACUUCCUCCGGCCCAACUAAGUUAGGUCGUAUUCUUUUUUCGUGAUGUCUCAACUAAGUUGUCAUUUCCUUUUUUUUUGAGUUAUUUCCUUUUUUUCUGGUUUUUUUAAUACAGUAUUUUAUUAUCAAUUAAACAUGUUUGCACAUAAGUUUUGGUGUUUGAUUAUUAAUUAGAUUGUACUUUUAUCGACAUCUUAUAACCUUUUAAACCCAUUACUAACGUCUUCAAAUAUUGCCCAUGAAAAUAACAAGAUAUAACUGAAAACAAACCAACUCAAUUUCCACAUUCCUACUGUAGUCCCUUUUAGUUGAGUCGUUUUCGUUUUUUUUUAAUUAAAAACAAAACAUCUUACCACUAUUACUUUAUUCGAUCACCUACUUUACUCUCUCUUAUCUUUCCUACUCCAUCCGUCCAAUUAAGUUGAAUCGUAUCCCUUAUAGGGUUGUCCGAAUUAAGUUGAGUAAUUUCUUUUUUUUUUGUCCAAAAACAAAACAUCCAAUCACCCUUAAUUUACUUGAUCACCUACUACUCUCCUUUUAUCUUUACUACCUUAUUUCUCUCUCUUACUUUUCAACACAAUUUCUUAAUUUCCGUGUCCAAAAGUUUUGACUCGACUUAGUUGGGACGAAGGGAGUACUUUAUUUCUCUCUCCAAUUUUAUUUCUUUUCCAUUUGAUCCAUUUAACACAAUUUCUUAAUAUCUGUAUCUAAAAGUUUUGCCCCAACUUAGUUGGAACGGAGGGAGUACUACUAUUUUACUAGACUUCAUCACAUGCUCUUUUACUAAAAAAUGUUAUAUGCAAUUUAGGUAACAUACCAAAGCAAAUUAGGAACCUUACUGUGCUGAGAACGUUAUACAUUGAUUCCAACAAGUUGACAGGUAUGUAUAUUAGUAUCGAUACUAUAACGGUAUAGUGUGCCGAAAUUUGGCAUUACUGAAAUAUUUGGAACGAUAUCGGUAUGAUAUUUUCUUCAUACCGAUAUUUUUGAUACGGUUACGGUAUGGUACUUUUGGUACAUUUUAUACCAUACCGACCCACCCCUAUAUAUUACCAUGACAUGAUAUACAUUUAAAAAGAAAAUAUUAAAGCCUGCAAGUUCAUUAUAUGUUAAUGAAAUUUGUUACUGAAUAUGAAUUACUUGAUGAAAGGUGAACUACCGUAAGAGCUUGGUAAUCUUAAAAACAUCACACUUAUUCAAGCAUACAUGAAUGCUUUGAUUGGUUCAAUCCCAUAUUCCACAUUUAAUCUCUCAACAUUGGAGGUAUUAUCUCUUCAAUUCAAUCAACUAUCCGGCAGUCUUCCUCCAAACAUAGGCCUCUCACUUGUCAAUCUCCAAGAGCUACAUUUAUCUUCCAAUGGAUUCACCGGAGAAAUCCCAGCCACUAUCAGCAAUGCUUCCAUGCUUACUUGGUUGCAGUUGAAUCAAAACUCAUUCACUGGCUCCAUUCCCCACUUUGAUAACUUAAGGUCCCUCAAAGCCCUUCGACUUUGGGAAAAUAAUCUGACGGGAGCUGACUCUGCGGUUCAAGAACUCACAUUUCUCUAUUCACUAACUAACUGCCCAAAUUUCAAGUACUUAGAGUUAUCAGAUCAUCCGCGGAUGAAUGGUGUCCUGCCUUCAGUUGGGAGUUAUUCCUUCUGCUUUUGGAAAUUUGAGCAAUUUACAAACUUUGGAUUUAUCUACGAAUAAUCUCACAGGAUUCAUCCCGGCAACAAUGGGGAAGUUGAAGCAACUGGGGAAGUUAAACCUCUACAAUAACCGGCUGGGCGGAUAUAUCCCUCGUGAUCUUUGUCUAAUGAGUAAAUUGUCGAACUUGGUCUUGCAUGCCAAAAUGCUUGUAGGCCCGAUACCAGAAUGUUUGGGGGAAGUUAAAUCUCUAAGAAUGGUCACAAUGAACUCGAACAAGCUGAGUUCCACUCUCCCUUCGGAAAUCUUUGGUCUUGCAGACCUCAUAUUUUUGGACUUGUCUUCGAACAAUAUGAGUGGUCAACUUCAGUAUAUUGGAAGGUUGAAGGCUAUUAACGUGUUAGACUUAUCCUCUAACAAGUUUUCAGGUUCUAUUCCUGAAUCAAUUGGCGGAUGUGAGUCUGAUACGAGAUAUCUCUAUGAAUAUUCUGUUAAGGGUGCACUCCCUUAACAAGAUUCCGGCGACGACGUCUACUAUCUCACACGUAUGAUAAGCAAUGUUGGAACCAGCCGCCGCAGCCCGUUCACCCACGACGUACAACCUGCUGGGACCUUCCUGACUGCGGCAAUCUGUCUUAUGGAUAUCAACAAACGCCAACUUAUGCUCCAGAACCCUACCCAUACGCGUACAAUCCACCAAGGCAGCAGGGAUACCCGGGUUAUGAUCAACCUCCACCACGGCUGCCUACCAGCUGGGACCCGCCGGGACCGUCCUGUUGGUACCCGCCAACACCGGCCUUUGAGCAGCCGUCCUACACCUACAUCGAUUCAUACGCGCCACUGCAAAUUCCCUACACCGGAGACCACCGAGAGCAGCCUGACUCCCAGCCCCCGCGGCUGCCAUAUACAGACUCAGAAUCACUUGUGCAGCCUAUAAAUUGCUCCUCGGGAUAUUAUCCGUGGCAGCUGGAGAAUUCCCCAUCACGUCAGCUCCCCCUCCCUGACCUUCCGCUGCAUUUACCAUCACCGCCACUGCCGAGUCACUGUCGCUCAGCUGCGCUGCUGCCUACUCUUGCCCCACCGCCACCACCACUGCAGCACAACUUCCACACUCAGCCGCCACCGUCACACGACUACCACCAGCCUCCAAAACUUUCCUCCCAGCAGCCACUGCUAACAGCAGCCCUACCCCGCCAAAAUUACUCGCAGGUGCCUCAUCCAAAAACCUACCAGCCGCUGCCGCCGCCGUUGAUUCUUGAUUGUGAUCGAGUUAAGGAAGGCUUUGCUGAUUCUACCAAAAAUAUUCUCGAUUCUUUAGCUGGUUUUGGUAGAGUUGAAACAGUUGAGAAGAUGGAGAAAUCCAGUCCGGAUUCCGCAUGCAAAGAGAAACCGGUGCAAGGUUGCAUAGAGGUUGAGUGCUCCCGACAAUUGAAUGCUUCUCGAAUCAAGAUUCUCCAAUCACAGAUUGAUUUGGGUGAUUCCAUUGUGGACAACGCAUCGCUGGAAUUAUUGGGUGAUGUUGCAGGAAUGAAUCAUCGACCAACAUUGCUCGACGGUGAUGCACGGUUGAUCCCGCCACACAAUGACAAACUAUAUUUGAGUGUUCUUGGACGGGUUGACAACCUAUCCAUUUUAGCGCUGAAUUUUGAUAAUCACAUUGGUCCUCCUUUGAUGAUUUUUGAUAGGGAUGAGGAAGGGAGACGCUUCCCUAUUCGGUGUGCGUUUGAUCCAGGAGGGAAUAGCUCCCCAAAGCUUUUGUUCGUGAUGCUCUUCAUUGUGUCGUGGUUCCCACCUUGAGGACAAGGUGGAUUUUAACCGCGGGGGAGUUGAUACGAGAUAUCUCUAUGAAUAUUCCCUCUACCCUAUUAUUUAGUUAAUUAGUGAUUUGCCAUAUCUUUCCAUAUAUUUUUAGUAUCUUUAUUUCUUAUUCCCUAAGUCAGAGUAGUCUUAUAAAUAGGAGAUAUUGUAUUCUUCUAUUCCAUUCAAGAAAUAUCAAUUUAUCUUUUAUCGUCACUUUAUCUUUUAUCGUCUUCUUUAUUUUCUCGCAACCCUAGUUUGGAGCUGAUCCCGGGGAAAGCCCGAGACGUCCACUUUUAUCCCUCCAUCGUCGGUCUCUCGUCGUCGUCGGAAUCUUGUUAAGGGAACUUAUCCCUUAACAUAUUCCCUCUACCCUAUUAUUUAGUUAAUUAGUGAUUUGCCAUAUCUUUCCAUAUAUUUUUAGUAUCUUUAUUUCUUAUUCCCUAAGUCAGAGUAGUCUUAUAAAUAGGAGAUAUUGUAGUCUUCUAUUCCAUUCGAGAAAUAUCAAUUUAUCUUUUAUCGUCACUUUAUCUUUUAUCGUCUUCUUUAUUUUCUCGCAACCCUAGUUUGGAGCUGAUCCCGGGGAAUGCCCGAGACGUCCACUUUUAUCCCUCCGUCGUCGGUCUCUCGUCGUCGUCGGAAUCUUGUUAAGGGAACUUAUCCCUUAACAAUUGGUGCUUUCAUUGUUGAACUCACCAUGUCUGAUUUUCACGUCGGAGUUGGGCGCACAGACUCGCUGCCCUCAAUUUCAGAUCCGGCGUCCUCCCUCGAUCCGAUUAAGGUGAUGAUCGAGCAUAUUCUGGCGCGUAUGGCUCGGCUACAGACUCGCAUGGACGAGUAUGAUCGCCGCCAAUCCUCACGCCAUACGCUGCAACCGGAUCCGGAGCCACCGCACAGCCGCGGACACUCACGCCCGCUGGAGGGUCCCUUGCUGUUCACACAGCCGUUUGCGGCUGUAUCAGUCACUACGCCUCCACCACCAGCCCCGAUCUCCCUGCCGCGCAGCCCAGAUUUCAGAGAUCAAGUUGGAGCGGAAGAAGUCUUGCUAGAUGUAGAAGAGAAGGAUGGAUUUCUCCAAGCUUUUGAGGUAGCUAAUUUCAAGUAUGUUGAGGAAGCAGAAAAGGUAGUCGAUGAGGAAGUACCGGCUCCACCAUCAGAAGGGCUUGGGUGUUCAUCACUUGCCUUUGUGCUGGCUGAAGAAAUUGGUCCGGUGCAUAUUGAGAAGUACUCUCAACUUGCUUCGCCUAUUGUUCCACCGCCACCACCGCAGCACUCACACUCUUGCUGGAGCUCGACGAGCCCGACGAGCCAUUGCUGCUCAGCCGCACCACUGCCCGCUGCCGCCGCUGCUCCGUCCUUGACUCUGCCCCCGCCAGCUCCUCCGUGCAGCCCCAAUAUAUUUGGAGUUGAAGAGGCUUUGUUAGACGAUGAAGAGAAGGUUCGAUAUUUUGCUAUUUUGGUGUUUGCUCGAGUGAGAGGAGAGAAGUGCAGUAGUCGUGACCAAGUUGAGCGGAAUGAGUUGUUGAGAGCUCAUUGUUUCACAUUUGGGAUAUUGGAAGAAUUGGUUAAUCAUUCAUCUCCAAUAGGGGGAGUUGGAUUUUCAAAGGAAGACAUCUCUUUCUGUUCCACAUUGAAUCUGAUUCAAAGUGAGAAAAUGGUAAUGGUCACCAAUGGUGUUGCAUUUAUUCCAAGACGACACUCCUGCCCAUUUGAUCCCGGAGGAGAUAUAAUCUCACCUAGCUUAUGUUUUUAGCUACUCUCUUCUUUGUUUCGUGGUUCCACCUUGAGGACAAGGUGGAUUUUAACCGUGUGGGAGUUGAUACGAGAAUAUCUCUACGAAUAUCCAUAUAUCUCUAUUAUUUCAUAUAUUAUUGAUUUAGCAUAUCUUUUCCAUAU